GUAAUCUUCUCAGAAAGCAGCUCUGAGGACAGUAGCUCAGACAGUGAGUUGAUAAAUAAACCAGAGUGUGAAGAAACUGAUGUGAUACAGAACAGUGCCUGUUAUCGUAAAAUCAAAGAGUCUACAAGUGACUCUGAGACCAGCUCAUCUGAAGAGAGUGAAAACGAGGAAGAUGAACAAGAAGUUGAAGAAGCCUUAGUGAAUACCACAAACACCAAUACAGCUCAUAAGAAGACAGAACUUCCACGUGUAAAAGGAGAAUUAACUCUUGAUGAUUUACCCCCAGUUCCUGAUUUGUCAUCUUUAAAAAUUGAUGUCAAAGAAGAAGACUGCAUUCAAAUGGGAACAAUUACCAGUAUCGUUGACAAAUUGGUAAUGGUUCAGUCAUUGCCUGAGACACCAGCAUAUGAUGUGGACACUUUACUCUUUUUGGAAAAGGGUAAACGUCCUUUGGGUCACGUCUAUGAUGUUAUUGGUCCUGUGUCAUCUCCUAUGUAUGCAAUUCGUUUCAAUUCUCGUCAAGAAAUUGAUACCAGAGGUAUCACAAAGGAGCUUGCUGUAUAUUCGGCCCCUAAAACCGAACACACACAAUACGUGUUUCUCAAAGAAUUACUAAGGAUCAAAGGAUCAGACGCCUCUUGGCAAGGUGAUAACGAAGUACCUCCAGAGUUUGUCGAUUUUUCUGAUGAUGAAGAAGAGUUCAGUGUUACUAACUGCACUAACGACGAAUACGAAAUGUACAUGAAUAAAAGGAAACGAAACAGUCUUGAGCGUCACCAGAUCUUCGAGAUGGAAAUGAAUCAACGUAACAAAUUGGACAGUGCUUAUCACAAGUUAAAAGACUCUUGCGAACCCAAAUAUAAAAAGAACACAAACUCAAACACUCAUGCUAACCGUACCUUUAAUCCAUUCGCAGGAAACACCACAUACACACAACCCACAACGAAUUUCGUGAGACCCAGUCAACCCCCAGCCGCCUUUGGGAUAUUACCCCAACCUCAGUGGUCUUUCGUUCCCACAAUACCACCUCCCUCUCCAGGAUUCGGGAUGCAACCCCUCUUUCAGAAUCACUUCUGUCAACCUUUUCCCACGUUCGCGAGUCAAGUGUUGGCUUUCCCACCUAUGAAUGUGCCGCCGCCAUGCUCUGUGCCUCCGCCGGUUCCACCUACUUUACCACCCAUGAACAUUCCGCCUCCUAUUGCCCAAUCUGUGGCCUCGGCUCCCCCAACGGUUAUGCCAAUAAAUCCACUGCCACCGGGUACCAUGCCAUUCCCCCAUCAAGGCAUCAUUAAAAACGGGCACAAUUUACAACAAACUGAUCGAACAAGCAAUACUCACAGGAGGCAUGGUAAUGGUUCCAGAAACCACUCUAACUCUUUGGGAAAAACGCAGUCCUCUGCUUCGAUGUCUCAACAACAGCAAACAAACGUUCCUUUACCUAAAUCGCAAACAUAUGGCCGUCAGUCCACAAAAGCAGCACCUCCAGUACCCUGUCGCCCCCCAAUGCAAAGCCUUCCUCCUUCAUUACGUAACGGUCCUCUUCCAAUGGUAACAAAUUAUGGUAUGCAACCGGUUUAUAGGCCUUUUGCAAAUUGUAUGCAAACUCCCGCCCCAAUUCCUCCUGGAAAUAUGAAUUUCCGGCCCAAUGGAAACGGUACCUCUAUCCCCAAGACCCAGGGAACGGGACAGGUAUGUCCCAUGCCUUACCCACCGUGUUUAGGGCUUCCAAAGUUCACGACCCCACCUCCAAACGUCAGCUCAAAUGGCAACCGAGCGAUUCCACCCUCCGGCCCGCAUUUUAGUGGCGGUGUGGCCACAUUUGGUCACGUACCUCCACCCCCGUGUACCCAAAAUGGAAGGUCGCGACAGAACUUAGGCUCCCAAAACGGUUGUGGUUUUUAUAGAAAGCAAUUCUAGUUAUUUCACAGAUUUAUUAGUUGAGUUGUAAUUUGGAAGUGGUUUUUUGGAGGUUUUCCUCUAUAUGUAUAUGUCGGCUUUUUUAUAACAGUGGAGCAGGUAACUUCCAAUAAGAAGAUUAUUAGAGAGCAGUUUCCUUUUAGAACCAAUACGUUAAUAAGAAACAAAAAAUUAACAAAAAAAAAACAUUCCAUCUAUUUAUUCGUGUGGUAGAUAUGGGAAGUUUUUAGUGUUGCCCCUAUAAAACAUUAUAGCGAAUGUACUUUUCGUAUUUAAAACAUGAAAUUUUCUUCUCUAAGAGAUUAUACUAAACUAAUGCUAAUUUUCCAUUAAGAGAAUAAUAAUUUCACUUUUAUAAAUGCUGCAGAUUUUUUCGUGAUAACAAGCAUGCCUUAUGUGUUCCAAAAGGGUUAACGUUCUCAAAUGUCUUAUUGAUUACUUAACAACCCUUCGCGACCAAUUCUGCCCUUACAAAUUUUUAAUAUCUGAUUUUUAU